CGCCUUUUAGACAUUCAUUGUGUUAACGAACUUUUUAACUGUUUGAAAUUUAUUAAUAAUUUUAUUCUUUUCAUGUAACUUCAUAUUAGUGUUCAUUUUUUAUAAAAAAAAAAAAAUUAGUUAUUAAUAAUUAGAGCAAUGGAUGCAACUGACACGAGCGUCCUUAAAAAUUUGACCACAAAUUCAAUUAUCCCGAAAGUUGAGGUUGGGACUGAUGAAGACUCGGGUUUUUCAAGCCUUCCAAGCUCUUCUAAAUCCAGUGAGGAUGUGAAUAACAACUUGAUUUGUCAAGAUGUCAAAUUCGUCAGCAUACAAAUUGACUCGGUAGAAAAAAAAACUCGACAUCAAUAUGAUGCAGAACAAAGAAGACUCGAAAACGAAGAGUAUCAACGACAGAGGCAGGAACAAGCUUACAACAGUUUGAAACAUUUGCUGAAGAAGAGCAAAUUUUACUCGACGUUCAUCAAAGCCAACAUCAACAACCCGGCUUCAAAGUCAUCAGCGAAACCCGGAGACAAACGACGUCAAGUUCCCAAAUUGCCGUCAAGUGAUGAAGAGAACGAAGAAAAUUCACCUCCUAAGAGACAAAGGUUGACUCGGAAGCGACACACGGAAGCGAAAAAAAAUUUGAUCAGCAGCGAUGAAGAUUCGGACUUUACUUCAGCUACAAGAUCAAAGCAGGCCAAAAAAGGCGGGAAAAACAAAAAAUCCUCAAAGAUAAAUCUUAGCGUAGAAGAUAUUGAGGAUGAGCUGAACUCGACGUCGGAUGAUGAGCCAGCAGAAAAAAAAUUCGUUUUACCCAAGUACUUCAAUGGGUCACUAUACCCCUAUCAAGAGAAAGGUUUUGAGUGGCUCCAGGCUUUAAAUAAGAACGGGUUGAAUGGAAUUCUUGCUGACGAAAUGGGUCUAGGAAAGACCAUUCAAGUUAUCGCUUUGUUGUGCUGGUUGAUGGAGACAAAAGUAGCAGGUCCUUAUUUAAUAAUCGCCCCGUUGUCAACGAUUCCCAACUGGACUGCAGAGUUUGCGCGCUUCGCUCCCACCUUACCCGUAUACGUUUUGCAUGGGACAUUAGAAGAACGCAAACGCGUCGCCAAGCAACUGAACACCAAGAAGUCAGUACACGGAUUCAAAACUUAUCCUAUUAUUAUAACGACAUACGAAGUAUCUGUCCGCGAUGCUUCCCUGCUGCGGGGUUUCAAUUGGCGUUACAUCGUCGUCGACGAAGGUCAGAGGAUCAAAAAUGCCAACUCCCAGUUGGCGCGCAUGUUAAGGACUUUUAAUUCAGUCCAUCGUUUGUUGCUGACUGGGACUCCCUUGCAGAAUGAUUUGAAUGAGCUCUGGGCUCUACUGAACUUCCUCCAGCCCGACAUCUUCAAUGAUCUUGAUGUCUUCCAGUCCUGGUUCAAUGUCAAAGAGAUGCAAGGCGAGGCUGGUGCUCAGAAAAUAAUAAAGCAGGAAAGUGAGAAAAAUGUCGUGAGUAUGUUGCGUGAAAUUCUUAAACCCUUUAUGCUGAGACGUAUUAAAGAAGAAAUUGCUUUAGAUUUACCUGGAAAAAAAGAACUUAUUGUCUACGCACCUAUUACUGAAUUACAACGUGAUCUUUACACGGCUGUUCUUAAUUACGAUUCAAAUGUUUUGUCUAUGAAAGUACCAGAGUCUGAGACUAUCUUUGUUCCGGAUGGUACUAGACCUAAACGCGCUUGUACUAUGAGAAAUAAGUUCAGCGAUAAUUAUUUUGAUCCAUUUGAAUUGAAGAAAAUGGAUGAUAAUGAUGAUAAAGCUGGUCCAAGUUAUCCUACUUCAAGUAAUUAUGAUUACAAAGUAAAAGAAGAACCAAGAGAUGAAAAAAAAUUAACUACUGGACAAGAAAAUUGUUUAAGUACAUGGAAAAAAUACGCAGAUGUUAAUGACAGAAACAGAGAUUAUUUUAUUCGUUCGAAUUUCGGUGGUAAUCGAUACCCACUGUACCGUAAAAUAGUUAACCACCCGUACUUGGUCCACUGGCCAAAAGCUCCCAAUGGUUACUUGGAAAUAAAUGAAGAUUUGUUGAAAACUUCUGGAAAACUGUUGGUAUUGGACGCGAUGCUUAAGAAACUGCAUGCGCAGGGACACAAAGUCCUGAUAUUUUCAACGCUGGUAAUGCUGUUGGAUCUGCUGGAAGAGUAUCUGACAUUGAGACCAUGGAAAUAUGUAGCUUUAUCCGGCAGAACAUCAAUUGAAGAACGGAAAGUUAACAUUGAAAGCUUCAAUAAUGAUCCGGAUGUUUUUAUAUUCUUGGUUUCCACGCGCGCUGGUGGCGUGGGACUCAAUUUGGCAGGCGCUGAUACUAUUAUUCUUUAUGACAGUGACUGGAACCCGCAGGUCGACAUCCAGGCAAUGGCGCGCUGUCAUCGUAUCGGACAGACACGGCCGGUGGUUGUUUACAAGCUCUGUACCAAAGGAACUAUUGAUGAAAUAAUCAUGACUCGUGCUCAUGCUAAGAGAAAUUUGGAAAAAAUGGUCAUCUCUAAGCAGCUGGAGUCAGCAAAUAUAAUGAGUGGUGAUUUUAUUAAGCAGAUGCAACAACUUUUGAAGACUACUGAUAGUAUAGUCGUGACUUCUGAAAAAGAUGUUUAUACUGAUGCUGAGUUGGAGGCGAUCUUAGAUCGCAGUGAUUUAUAUCAAGGAAAGGCAUAAUAGCAAUAAUAAUGAGCGACUGAUUGAACCAGUAUUAAUUUUAAAGUUAAAGAUUAUUUAUUGCUCGUUUAUUUAUUCUAUUAUCAUUAGCAUAAUUAUUUAUUUUAUUAUAAUUAUUUAUUUCUUAAAAGUUAACUACGAUCUCAUUCUUUAUGUUGUGUUCAAUGAUAGUAAAUAUCUAAUUUCCAUUUUGAUAAAAUUCAUAUUAUAUCAAUGUAUUUUCUAUAUACAUACAUAUCACUAUCUUGUCUUAAGUUACAACAAAGUCGGGUAAUAAAAUCCCUCAUUUUAUUUUUAAC